CAGGAAGGUCGCACCAUCCCUCACCAUCAUCAGUAUGAAGAACAGAUGGAUUUGAAAAUUGAAGUUAAAGAAGAAGAGGAGGAGGUUUUCGUGAUGGACUAUCGGCAGUCUGCGGAGGAAGUUGGUAUAAUGGUGACAAUUAAAGAGGAGGAAUCUUCUUUAGAUAGCACAGAUGGAUCCAGUGACACAGAGCCCCCAGAGAGAUGUCCUAGUCCUCUUGAUCGCAGGGAGUCAUCUCAGGAAGAUGAUAGCACCCCUCAGGAUCAGGAUGAAGAGCCAAUGUAUAUAAAAGUUGAAGUUAAAGAUGAAGACGAGGAGACAUAUGAGAUGGAUGAUCACCAGUCUGGGGAAGAGGGUGGGAUGACGGCGACGCCGGCAGAAGCAGGUAGAGGCGGUGCCCAGAAUUCCUCGAAAAGACCAAAGGGUCCCUCUCGCUCGCGCUCACGUACUGUUAAAAAAAUCCAUCCAAAACGUCGUAGUGCGGAUAGCUCCUCAGAUCCGUCCAAUCCGGAGCGUCCUUUUCCAUGUUCGCAGUGCGAGAAAAGUUUCACCCGAAAACACCACCUUCUUAGGCACCAGAAAAGUCACACAGGUGAAAGACCUUUUCAGUGUCCAGACUGCGGAAGAAGCUUCACUCACAAAGGAGACCUCCUUAGACACCAGAAAAUUCACAUGGGCGAACGCCCUUUUUCCUGUACCGAGUGCGGGAAAUCUUAUGUCCAGAAAGUAAACCUUCUUAGACAUCAGAAGAGACACACAGGCAAACGUCCUUUUUCAUGUUCAGAGUGCGGGAAGUGUUUCGUUGAGAAAGCGGACCUUCUUAGACACCAGGGAAGUCACACUGGCGAUCACCCUUUUUCGUGUUCAGAGUGCGGGAAGUGUUUCCCUUGGAAAACCGACUUUAUUAGACACCAGAGAAUUCAUACUGGAGAACGUCCAUUUCCAUGUAAAGACUGCGGGAAAUGUUUCAUUCGGAAAGCAGACCUAAUUACCCACCAAAGAAGUCACACGGGUGAGCGUCCUUUCCCAUGUACAGAGUGCGGGAAAGGUUUCAUUCAGAAAGGUGAUCUUCUUAGACACCAGAAAAUUCAUACCGGGGAGCACCCCUAUUCUUGUGCAGAGUGCGGAAAAUCAUAUGUUCAGAAAGUACACCUUCUUGUACACCAAAGAAGUCACACGGGCGAGCGUCCUUUUUCCUGCCCAGAGUGCGGAAAAUGUUUUGCUGAGAUAGGACUCCUUCAUAGACAUCAGAUCAUUCACACUGGCGAGCGCCCUUUUUCUUGUUCAGAGUGCGGGAAAAGUUUUAAUCAAAAAGGAAUCCUUAUUAGACACCUGAGAGUUCACAAAGACAAAUGACCUCUCUCGUGUUCACAGUGCGGAAAAUGAGAGUAGAAACUGAGAGACUGAACGGGCAUCCUCAUUGGCAAUGUUUUGCAUUGAAAUCUGAUGGCACAUCAAAAAAUUCUGUGUCUACUGAUGUCUAUGUACAGAGGGUCUUCAUAACUUGUUCCAUCGUUAGAAUAAUUGCCUGAUAUGGAUAAGCACGUUUUAGUAUUUGUCGUCCUUUUUGAUUCACUUUAAAAUGAGCGGGUGUGGAUGUAAUUGUAUUAUUAUGUGAAAUUGUUUCCAGGCCCAAAUAAAACUCUUGCUGUUUUAGUG